AUGCUGAAGACUAAUACUGCCAAAAAGCUAAUGAACCUUCUAUAUAAAGAAACCGCUUCAAACUUACAGUCGUCGCAAUCGCUCCCACGCAUCACGCGACAACUUUACAACGAGCCAGAUGAUGAUUCAGAUAUUUUAUCAAUGGAUCCCUUAAGUACAUAUCAAUCGACUAAACGUAAACUACCAGCAACUGAGGCAUUGAAAACAGACAAUAGAUCCGUUCCCAUAAAGUCAAACAUCCUAUCCUUUAAAGCUGUCAAUCUGUUUAUAACAAAACAAGAUUUCCAAAAUUUACUACCUAAGGACCACAAUUUAACCUAUUCAAUUAACCCUGCGAACAAUUUCGAAAUUAUCAAGAAACGGCAAGGCAAACUCCUCCAAUUCCAGAAUGAGUAUGUGCUCAUAUUCAAAAACCAUUUGAAUGCAAGAGUAUAUCAAUUGGAAACGCAGAGUAAAUUAAUUAAUGGAAUUCCAACGCGGUUUGAGUAUCAAUCAAUUGAUAUAAUUAAGGAUUUAGUACCUCCGAAAUUAAGAGUUUCCAACCAUCAAUUGCUAAUAAAUCAAAUCAAUUCACUCAAACAAGUCUCGCCAGAGUUAACAGAGCCAACAUUAUUACCACUCUACGAUGAAUCCUAUCCCAUACUAAGCAACCUAAUAAAUGCAACCAACAGAAGAAAAUCAAUCCUAAUCCAUAACUGGCCAUUCGGGCUUAAACAAAAUCUCGUAAUCGACUCAUUAUGGAACUACAAUUUAUCAAUUGAUGAAAUGACUCCACCAAUAGAGCCAAUAUAUUCCAACAUAAUGCAAGAGAUUAAUAUAAUCAAAAUGAAUUUCAAGACUGAACUGGAUGCAUUACGAUUUAUACAUAAUUUUCAUGGGACCAAGUGGUUAAAAUUGCAAAAUUUUAGAAAAGUUGAGGAAAAAGUAUCGCAUUUGCCCCUAUUUUGUGAGAUGUUGUAA